AUGUUCAAGGUCACACUUCAGGGUCACUCGAAAACUCAAGGUCACACUUCAAGGUCACUCGGAAACAAGGUCGCGUUUCAAGGUUACACUUCAAGGUCGCGUUUCAAGGUUGGCACCGAAGGUCAGCUUUCAAGGUCGUUUGGCACCGAAGGUCGGCGCUCAAGGGCGUCCCAGAACAUACAAACCCUAUCUACUAUUCUCGUUUAUGGAGGAUCUGCAGAUCCAAUGCUAGGUGAUAACAAACAUACAGAAAAAGUUGUCCAUAGCCUACAUAUUAGAAGACAAAAAAGGUGUAGGACAAUCGGUUUAUAUGGACAAUUUUUAUCAUAG